AUGGCAAUCAUCCUGCUCAUGACUACAGGGUGUCUGGGUCAGGACAACGGGAGUGUGACUUACACCCGCAGGAAAGUCUGCUCCUUAAAGGGCUCUUCUGUGACCAUGCCCUGCUCUUACACGUUUCCCAAGGGUCACAAAGUCACAACAGCCUUCUGGUUCAAAGGUCAAGAGCUUGGUGCCGAGCCUCUGGAUCUGAAUUUGAACCCUGAGUACAAAGGCCGUGUGGAGUAUCUAGGGGACAGUGACCGUCUCUGUACACUGAGAAUCACAGACCUGAGAGAGAGCGAUUCAGGCACCUACAGCUUCCUGUUUGGGACUGACGUCACUCCUGAGGGGUGGAUGGGGAAUCCAGGAGUCAGGUUAAAUGUGACAGGGCUCCAUGUUGAUUUGACCUCUGACCUAGUUGUGGACGGCAAGUGGGCAGCCCUGACCUGUGGCUCCUGCAUCUUGAGUGAAAAUCCCACCUACACCUGGUACAGGGACAAACAACCUUUGACCUACACCAACAAGGUCAUGGUUACGGCCAACUACCUAGAACUAGACCCGGUAGGCAGGGAGGAUGCAGGCAGCUACUCCUGUGGGGUGAGCAGCAGAGAGGAUUCCCCUGGUCCGGCAGUGAUCCUUGUAGUGGGAUACUUCCCAAAGAACACCUCAGUGUCAGUCAGAGUCAGUCCCUCUGGGGAAAUAGUGGAGGGCAGAUCAGUGACUCUGACCUGCAGCCGUGAUGACAACCCACCAGUGGACAAAUACACCUGGUACAAGAAGAAUGAAGAACAGACAGGGUUCUCAGAAACAGGAUCAGGGCAGAGUUACAUCAUCCUUAACAUCAGCUCUGAGGACAGCGGGCAGUACGUCUGCAAGGCUGAAAAUAAAUAUGGACCACUUUACUCUGAACCUGUGUAUCUCAGCAUACCAGGUAAACCAGAGUUUCCCUGGGCUCCCAUUGUGGGGGUGGUGGCUGUGUUGGCAGCUGGAGCUCUCCUAGUCAUCCUCUAUACCACACUGAAGAAGAGGAGAAACCCAAGAGGAAUGGACUUUGGAGGGGAGGCACAGAUGGCGCAGCCUGAUGACACAUACAUGACUCUGAAUAGAAGGACCAUGUCUCCUGAGUAUGAUACGCUGGCUAAUGUCAGAAACACUGUUGGCUGAAGAAGACCGUCUGGCUGAAGAAGACCCUAUGGCUGAAGAAGACCGUCUGGCUGAAGAAGACCCUCUGGCUGCGACCUCUACAUAAACAGGGUUAGAAAAUGAU